AUGGACAGCACAGCAAGAGUCACAGAGAUGGACGAUGACAAAGGUCUUGAAGCCAAAAUGGAACCAGACAGUAUCUUACCCACGGCUCCCAAACCGGCAGAGAGAAUCAUGUCAAAACCAGCACCUUCACCUAGCACCCCGACCACUGACCGCGAGCAACUAAAUGGGAGCAACACCACCACCAGCAGUGGUAGUAGCAAGAGUAAGAUAGAUGUUUCCAGUGUCACAGGUGUCACUGCUCCGGAGGGCCUCUUCUCGGCAGAGAUGGUGGUUUUCGACUCGAGAGGCGAGUGUCUCCUGGACGAGGGCGAGUACUCCAUCCUCAUGCAGAAAUGUCCGGAGAAAGACGCCGCAGAGGGGCCACCUCGUCUCUUUACCUUCUCCCCGCUCAGCUGGACCACCGUGUUUGGAGCCAGUGACCAGGAGAAGGCAGAGGAGUCUGAGAACAUGAUGUUGAAGUUCUCACUGGGCUGGAGCCGCGGUCCACCCAAACACAGGCUGAUCUCAGAGCUGGAGACUGCCCUGGACCUCCAGAGAAUCAGGAAUGAUUAUUUUGCCCCAUCACCCUCACAAUCUCAAAAUUCUUCGAAAGCCGUGUCCCCCGUGACCAGCAACAGCCCUCGUGAAGCUGACAUGACACAGUCGACGAUCCCAGUACCACCAGAACAGUCGCAUGCGUUGCAACCAGAGACAGGAGGCCCUAUGCCCACUGACUCUGGCUGUGUGGACGAUGGAGGAGAGGAGGGGUGUGUGGCUGGAAACGAGGGGGAAGAAGCCAGGGGUGAGGCACACGUGGACAGAGAAGCAAACGAGAUGGGAGGGGAGGAAUUGGCCGAGCGAGACCGCGGGAAGAGCAGCAGUAGGGACGAAAUUGAAGAGUAUUUCACAGCCACUGAGGCCUCUGCUUCAUCGUCUGUGGCGGACUCGACAGAGCUAGUCCGCUGUCGCCCGUCCCUUCCUCCCCAAACACCGUCAUCCACGGCCAACACGAGAGACGAAGAGAGAAGAGGAGGCAGAGAUCAGAUCAUGGCGUACAACUUUCUCUACAACAAUAACGCCCAGCAGCAGACCGAGUCGGGAGGGACCAUGCAGUGUCCCUGGUGCUCCCUAGUCUGCUGCAAUCUCUAUAGCCUCCUCAAACACAUGUCCCUCUGCCACCCUCGGUUCAUCUUCACCUAUACCCCAAUGCAGCAGGGAGGCAGUAUGAUAGACGUUCAUGUGAACAAGCUCUACGAGGCCGGGCAGACCUCUAUGGACCAGGACCCCGUGGAGCGGAGUGGGAUGAGUCUGAGACAGCGCUGGAGAGGCCCCCUCAAAUGCCUCCCCUGUACUGCCGUCCUCGUCGAGAGGCAAUUCUACCACUCUGGCACCUGCCUGCCCAUGGUCCCUGAAGAGAUUGAUGCUGACAGCGAGGCUGAGCUGGAGUUAAUCAGCAGAUGGCAGAAGACCUGCAGCCAAAAGAUGAUAGAUGAGUUUACAGAUGUCAACAAGGGAGAGAAGGAAAUGAUGAAGCUCUGGAACCUCUUUGCCAUGGAGCAUGGGAUGAUAGCUGACAAGCAUAUUCCCACCGCUUGUGUCAAGUUUGCAGAAGAAAAAGGCUCGGAAAUCUUGCAGAAAAACCACGUCAACAGUUUUCUGGCUCACCUGGUGAGCCUGUGUCAGUUUGGCCUCAUCAGUCUCCCAGUCAUGAAGACCUCCAUGGACAUUCUUAAUGCCAAACGGCCAUUUUCCUAGCACCACCCCUCGCCUCACUCCCUGCUCUUCCACAACACCACAGGGACCCUGUUUCUUUCUCCUGAAACGAAGUCCACUCCUACAUGUGCUAUAAUAAUAACAAAUUUAUAUAUUAUUCCUCUCUCCUAGGUCUAAUAUUAACAAAAAGUUGGUCCUAUUCGUUUAUUUUCUGACAUUUUAUGAUAGAGCCUGAUGACCAUCUUGCUAUAACGUAUUGUGACCAUGGGAUUUUUGCUGCCUUGACAAUCAAUAGGUUGUGCGAGCUGGUGUUAGUUCUAGCUAAUGCAUGCACUCACCUAUACCUAUAGGACAUAGAACCCACAGCUUAAUUUUGCUUGCUACCCAAGGCAAGUGUGUAACUAUACGAAAGUCUACAUCGUAAGAAGUGCCUGGGCCUGUUUGUUGUUGUUUACAAACGUGUAAUCACAUUAGAAGAAUCUAUUUUGGUUUCUUCUCUAUCACUUGUGCGUCUUGUUAGCCAGACAUGGAAUUGUGGAAUCGAGAGCAGCGUG